AAAAUAAGAAAGAAAGCCUAAAAGAAAGAGUUAUAGAAGAGAGGAAAAUUAAAUUGAAGAAGAAAGGAUGGCAUCAAAUUUGGGGCCAACAUUUGCUUAUACAGUGGUGUAUUGUAAAGAUGUUGCUAAAUCUGUCGCUUUUUAUGCUAAAGCUUUUGGCUACAACGUUCGCCGCUUAGACGAAAGUCACAAAUGGGGAGAAUUGGAAAGUGGAGCUACCACAAUAGCAUUCACACCUAUGCACCAGCACGAGACGGAUGACAUAACGGGUCACGUCCAGACCUCUCAAUCCCGGGGCGAUAGACAACCCGUUGAGCUUUGCUUCGAUUAUGUGGACAUUGAUUCUGCCUACAAGAGGGCAAUUGAAAACGGGGCAGUCGCGGUGAGCGAGCCGGAGGAGAAGAAAUGGGGACAGAAAGUUGGAUACGUGAGAGAUCCCGAUGGUAACAUCGUUAGAGUGGGAAGCCAUGUCAGAUCCUAAAUACUCGUUCUACACAUCAAAGCUCAUCAACGAUACUUCAAUAACCAGUUUGUUUAUUUAGUUGUGUAAUAAAAUAAUUGUAUAAGCAUACUAGUAAAAGGUGGACCUUGUAAUCUUAUUGAUAAAACAUUAUUUAUCUUAUUUUAUCAACCAGAACUCGUAUGUUAUUCCAUA